AUGAAGCCGACUGUUACUAAGUUAGAAUACGAAAAGAUAAAAAAAGAUGCCUUGGUUAUUGAUGUGCGGAGUAAAUUAGAGCAUCAAACUCUCCUUGCCUUACCCAAUAGUGUUAACAUUUAUUAUGAGGAUUUAAUGAAUAAUCCCACUAAAUAUAUUUCUAAUCAAAGCCAAUUAAUUAUUACCUACUGCAAUUUAGGUAAUCGUUCGGGACAAGCCGCAGAGUUUUUGCACCAGCGAGGAUAUCAAGUUUUUGUUUUAGAAGGUGGUAUAGAAAAUUAUUUUAAGGAAAAAGUUAAGAUGCCUAUAGCUCAGUGGAUUAGAGUGUUUGACUUCGGAUCAAAAGAUCCAGUGUCAAUUCACUGUUAUGAGGAACUAGAGCAAUUGAAAGCAACUCAAACCAAAACUAAGCCAAAAACUAACCAAAGAAAUAAACUCAUUCUUGAUUUCUUAUUCUAUACUGGUUUAAGAGUUAAUGAGUUAAUAAAUAUUCGCCAUAGUGACUAUCAAAAGGGACUUUUAAGAAUAUUAGGUAAAGGUAAUAAAGUCCGCUAUGUGCUUUUACCGGAAUUUCUAACUAAAUAUUUUGAUCCUUAUUCUAAAAACUAUCUUUUUCUAACUCGUAAUGGAAAAAAACUCACUAAGGGGCAAAAUAGAAGAAAUAUUAAAAGAAAAUGUCGGCAAGCGGGAAUCAAGAAAAAUAUUUCUCCGCAUUCUUUUCGGCGAAGUUUAGCGACAAAUCUUUACAAUAGUGGUGGUAAAUUAGAGACUAUUCAAAAACAAUUAGGUCAUACUAGUUUAGAUACUACUCUUGGCUAUAUUUAUAAUGAUUAUCAAACUUUAUAUGCUGAUUAUUCGAAAUUAUGGCUUGUAAAAAAUCCUAAAAGAGAGUAUUUUACUAAAGAUAAAAUGAUAAAAGUAGAGGGGAAUUCUGUGCCAACAGAGGGUAAUCUUCGCCUUAAUAAGUUAUUACAAAUCACUCAAAUGCUUUACGCGGCAAAAGAAGGAAAAUAUUUAUUUCCAGAAAAGUUUUGGGCCUUUGAACACGGCGGAAUAAUUUAUGACAUCUAUCAUCAGUUUCAUUUUCUAGUUACUCCCCAUCGAUAUAUCUCGUUUAAGGACUUAACCACUAAUUUAAAAACCUUUCUUACUAAGAUUUUUGAUUAUUUCAAGACUUAUUCUAACCAACAAUUAGAGGAUUUUGUUCAUGAAGAUCCCGCUUGA